UCAGUUUCGGUGCGCAUGAAUAUCGCAUGUGGUGUAAUGCGGUUGACAUGGAACAUGUUGGAACUCGACUAUCCCUGUUGAAAUUAAUCCCCAGCUCUAUGUAUACUUUUAUCCUGUUAGAUGACGAUGAAUUUUGCAAACAUUGCACUAUUGGACAGAUGAGUCGUACAUCUUGGGUAAUUUAUGGAUAUAGUGCUUGAUUGGACCAAGAAUACUGGACAGUAGAAAAAUUAAUCGACCAGAUGAAGUGGAGGGAUAUCGAUUUCAAAGAUGCAAAAAGUGGGAAAUUUGAAUAGCAUUUCACAGGAGUAUAGUACCGGGCAUGGAGAUGAUACGCUUGGCCAAAUGGGAACUAGACUGGUUUUAGAAGAGUGAAAUUGAAAACGUUGUAAUUAACGUUAUCUCGGAUGUUUUUGUUUGGGUGCGUCAGAGUGUGAACGCGGGAGAAUUAAGAAACCAGUCUGAAAAUGAUGCAGUCAGGUCUUUCCACGGAACAUGGUAUCCGGCAGAGCAAGACGAGUCCCGGGUUUCUGCAUUCGAACUCGACCAGCCACACGUGGCCUUUCAGCGCCAUUGCCGAGCUGAUCGACAAUGCAUAUGACCCUGAUGUGGCAGCACGGCAGCUUUUCAUCGACAUGGAGAAAAUCGGUGAGACGCAGUGUCUCACGUUUACAGACAACGGCGCCGGGAUGACACCGGACAAACUCCACAAAAUGCUCAGUUUUGGCUUCUGUGAGAAAGUCGAAAUCAACGGCCACAAACCUGUUGGUCACUAUGGCAACGGAUUCAAGUCAGGGUCCAUGCGACUGGGCAAGGACGCCAUGGUUUUCACGAAGAACGGGAAGUUCAUGAUCGUGGGGUUCCUGUCCCAAACCUACCUGAAGUCCAUCCAAGCGGAGACUGUCAUUGUACCAAUAGUGCCAUUUGAUACUGCUGAGAUCAUGGUGAAGACCAUUGACUCUGACCCCAGUCUGGAGGCCAUCACCAAGUACUCCAUCUUCAAGUCCAAACAGGAGCUCAUGGAACAGUUCGAGAAAAUCCCACGAAAGGGUACCAGAAUUAUCAUCUACAAUAUCAGGAGAACAAGUGACGGAAGGCCAGAGUUUGACUUUUCCGAUGAUAAAGACAUCAGAAUUCCUGAUGACGUGAUUGACGAACAAGCAGGAAAAAAGUUCCGCCGGCAGGACCGACGACAGGACUACUCGCCAGAGUGCGACUACUCCCUCAGGGCUUAUUGCAGUAUUCUGUACCUCAACCCUAAGAUGCAAAUCAUGCUGCGAGGACAGAAAGUCAAGACCUUUAAGAUCGCCAAGAGUCUGAACAACACUGAGAAAGAUGUAUACAAGCCUCAAUGGCUGCCAAGACCAGUGAAGAUCACGUUUGGGUUCAGCCCCCAGAAGCAUCACUACGGCAUCAUGAUGUACCACAGGAACAGGCUCAUUAAAGGGUACGAGAGGGUCGGACCACAACUCAAGGCUGGUAGACAGGGUCUUGGAGUGAUUGGUGUAAUUCAGUGUGACUUUCUACAACCCACUCACAACAAACAAGACUUUGACUAUACCAAGGAGUACAGGAGCACCAUAGCAGCUCUGGGACAGAAGUUGACCGACUACUGGCUGCAGAAGAAAGGUAAUACAAGGUCAUCGUCCCCUGCUGCAGCCAUGGGAUCAGAGGACGACGAACCUGCUCCCUCUCCAGACCAGCUGUGGGUGCAGUGUGACAAUACAGAGUGUCUGAAGUGGAGGAAGUUACCCGAGCAAUGGAACAACAAGAAACUACCCGACAAGUGGUACUGCCACAUGAACCCUGACCCCAACUUCAGGUCGUGCUCAGUCCCUGAGGAAGCUGAGGAUGACCCUGAUGAAGAGAUAGCAGGCCCAUCAUACGACAAGUCAGUCAAGAGACAGCUGGAGCGUGAGAGAAGGGAGGAGAAAUGGAAAAAGGAACAAAAGCAGCAGAUGGAGAUUGCAGAAAAGGAGCGACUACUGAAGCAAAAGGAUCGCCAGCUGCAGAGGCUGGGUGCACAGAUCCAGCAGAGCAUUCAGCAGAACCAGGCUGCAGACAAGAAGCCCUCACAGCAGGACUUGGUGCGGGCGGAGAUAGAGAUGAACAGGAGAAAACAGAUGGAGACUCAGUUCCACAAGAUGGCAGUAGAACUCAAGAAGCAAGAGAACCAGCUUCAAAAGCAGCGAGAAGACCUUCUACAAGCCCAGCAGGUGGCCCACCAUUGGCAGCAGAGGGCCGAGGCAGCCGUUUCCCAUGCAACUGCAUCCCAGAGAACACCCAGACAACACCAGGCUGGACCCUCUAGGGUCGUAUCCCAAAAAAGACCUGCAUCAAAUUCAUUUUCAAACGCCUCGGCCAGUAAAGCUCCCCGUAUGGAUGAUAGUGACGAUGAUUGCAUCCUUGUCGAGGAUGACGAUCUCGCAAAAACAGAAACGGCUUCGUCAGUAAGAGUGAAAACAGAGAUUUGCCAUAUCGGAGUUCAAACGGACCCUGCUGAUGUCGUCAGAGUCAGUGCGUCAACUGUCAGGGAAGUGGCUACGCUAUCCACGGUCGAGCAGCGUCAAAAGCUCAUGGAACAGACUAAACAGCUGAAGACGUUGAGAAGAAAUGUCGGUAGGCUGAUUGGCGUUCUGGUGCCGGAGCUGAGCCUGGAAGAUAAUGACAUUGACAUGGAGAGCGAGUCAGUGGACGAGCUUCUGAAACAAGUGCUGGAUGCCAACAAGAACUAGUGAUAAAUACCUCUAAAGUAAAGAUCUGGCAUAUUCUCUGUGUUUUGCAUCUGUUUUUGCAACAUUUCUUACUCUUUUCUAGUGUUGUAUUAUAAUGGGCUGGGCCAGAUGUUGAAAAAUACAAUACAGUACUAAAAAAGAAUAAGAACAGAAUGCAGUACUAGAAAAGGGUACUGAUAGUUGCAAAAACAGGCAUAAAACACUGACAAUAACCAAGGAAAAAGAUUUCUUUCAUGAUUGUAAAUUACAGUGUAAUGGAAGACCUAUAUUGAAUUCAUCACUUUUAACAGUGAAAGCAAUUAAACCAAUACAUUCUGAAAACUUGGAACACUGAACAAAGCAUACAAUUUUGCAACUUCCAAAUUUCCACAUUAUUUUUUUUUUCAGAAUAUAGUAUUUACAAAGUCACUUUCAACAUUCUCAAACUUUGCUUGGGUUGUUUCCCUUUGCUUUAACACUGGGCUGAACCAAAGGAUGACCUUGGUUUGACUACAAUAACUUGGGCAACACAUUAGUCUGUGCUAGGCAGCUGAAGGUCCGUAGAAAAUACCUCCACCCCUGAGGUGUUGCCAAAAAAAGGUAGAUAUACAUUUCAGGGAACACAAGACAGAUCAAAUAACUAUCUUUGGGGACCCACAUUCCCUUCAAAAAACUUUAUUUAGAUGCAUAUUUUUAUUGCCUCCUUGUAUGUUAUGCCUGUAUUAGUAGCCAAUGUAGUUCCAAAGUAGAUUUUUACAUUAACCUAAUAAAAUGUAGACUUAUUAGAUUUGGAUCCUGCAUCAGUGUUGUACAUAUUUAGUACUCUGGUUUACAUUGAAUUUCGAUAUCUCAAGCACUCCAGAUAAGCUGGCUAGAUUCUGUUGUUUUUAUAGGACAUACUGAAACACAUGUAUGUUGUGACAGGAGGAUAUUCUGGUGAACAUAUUGUUCAGUGAACCAGUGAACUUUUCUAUUUUGAUAAAAUAAAUCAUCUUCACAAA